UUGGCUCACUUCGCGACACAGUUUUCAAGCCAUCAUUUCGUCGUCAGAUCUGUGCGAACGGAGUGGAGAGAAAGAAACGCGAAUUGUUUCCAUUGGAAGCUUUUUUUUUACAUCUCUCCAGUAAAAUUGCCUCUACGAUUCGACCGAGAAUAAUCGUUUUCGAUUGCUGUCGUGCGCUUUUGGUAGUGAAUUGUUUGUGGAGCAUCGAAAUAUCGGUUCGGAAGUCAUAUUUGUGCGGAAGUUGUGUGUGUUUUUCCACCCAGAAUAAACAAUGAAACAUAAAUAGAACUGUGGAGUUUCUUGACGGUGUUUUUUUUCGUUAGCCCACUCGCGCUCCUGUUCCUGUUUCCUUCGCCUCUGCGGAUUGCGUAUUUUUUCGAUGGAAACUAGUGCACUUUUAUUGCGCUUGAAUGCCGCUACCGUUUCGCAGUAGCGCGUUUUGUGCUUGGGCUGAGGAGAAUAAAAGGAUAUUUACUGUUUAGAUUGGGGUGAAGUAAACCAGAGCAGAAAUCGAGUUGAUGUAUGAAGUUGGAGAUAUUUCUCCAUGUUCCAUUCACCGCUGCUGGCUAUUUUUCGGACACACGAGUGUGUAUCAGUCUGAAGCAACGGCAGCCAGUUGAAAGGAAAGCAAAGGAGAAAGAAGUUGUCUACGAGAGUGGAGUUUUUUUUGGGGGGAACAAGGAACGAAAAAGAGAUCGGAGGAGGAAGGCUGCCAAAUCCAGUUUUCGUGUGUCAAAUUGUUCGUAGUCCCACUGUCAGAUUGCGAGCGCUGCCCUUUUCCACUGAUGACAAACGUUGUGGCGUGAUAAAAGGUGUGCAACAUUCCUAGGCGGAGACGAAAAUUUGUAACUGUCCCCCCUUCCCUCUCGCUCUCUCUUUCACACGCGCACACAUUGCGGAAGCAUUCAGGAUUGGCUGCAAAAUCACCGCAAAAGCAUUUGUGAAAGUUGUGUCAAUAUUCACACACGCAGGAAUCAACAAACAAGUCGACUAGCUAUGAAUACAUCCGAUUUUUCUUCCUCCAUCAACCGAAACUCACCGAAACAUGAUUUCCCCCAUCAUCAGUCGCCAAACAACAAUAACAACAGUGCGGAUUUCCACUACUAUCACAGCAGCAGCCAACAGCAUCAGCAAUUCCCGCAGCAGUACCCUCCAAGUCCUGGUGGCCAUGUCGGGGGACAGCAACAACAGCAGCAGCAGCAGCAGGACCUGACCAUCGAUGGCAUUUCAAACAACUUUCCCCAUCGGAGGUCUCGUGCUUCGCGCACAUUCAAGAAUCCUCCCCAGCCCCACAUGUGCAUCAAGGAGAAAACCAUCGACGGGAAGGAGGUGUUCAUCAAUGUGCUCAGCUGGACUCGAAUCGCCAAUCCGGACAACCCGGAUGCACCGAUUCCGCUGUAUGGCGGAAUGAAAGUUGGCAAGAUUCCACCGGGAGUCUUGCGUCCCCCACCGCUGGUAUACGCGGUCAUGGCUAGUCCCGAGGUGCUCAAGAAGGCUGGAAGAAAGUGUCCCGAUACACCGGAACGAAUGAACCUUGUUGAUCUCAUGUGUGAAUUCGUAGAGGCUAUGAAUCCCAACCUGCAUCUAUCACGGAAACCGGAAAUCUUGAAGGAUCGUGAUCUAUCGGGCGAGUUGAAGGACGUCUGGAGUGCGGUGCAGGCUUGCCGCGAUAAGGGACGUGUUGACAGUGGCCCACCGGAAAAUCUAGUCGUAUACACCGAGUUUGGUCCCGAAACGGCACCAACAUACGAGCAAUCACAACAGCAUCAGAUACACCAACAACAGCAAUCGCAAUACCAUCAUCAGUUGAGUUUGCAAAACUUGGCUGAACCGUAUCAGUUACAACUUCAGCAACACCAACACCAGUCGCCAUCACACGAACACUCCAGAAGCAAGCAGAAGCAUCAACAAAGUGCAAUUACAAAUAGUGCUACCAGCAACAAUAACAGUAUUGACACUAACCUGGACGCUCCAGAUUGUGCGAACGCAAGUAAUAGCAGCAGUGUUAGUGUCAGUAAAUCAGAGCCGCAACCUCACACCGAACCACUCAACAAUGGUACCAACGGCGGCAACAGCAGCGUGGACGAAUUGAUCAAGGAAACCGAAAGUCUGCAACUCUCUCCCACCGGGGACAACAGCUCGAAAUCGAACGGUCUUACACUGCCAACCGGAGGAAGCACCCCGGCGUCCACGGAGAACACAUCCUCCUCACCCACGACUAGUAGUGAAUCGAAUUCUGUGCCAGUAUCAGCUUCUCAGCAAGCUUCUCCCACUUCACCAACAGCGGCGGCGGCGGCACCGGCGGUGAGUCCGACGUCUGUUGCUGCUGCUGCUACAAUACCACCACCUCCCCAGAAGGAGUCGAAAAACUCAUCCAGCCAUAACUUCUUCCCAAUGUUCCGAUCUUCCAAGUCAUCCAACAGCGAAAAAUCAAAUGAAAAGGAUAAGGACACCGGCAGUGAAUCGCCGGCACCAGACACACCGGUCAAAACGACCAGUAAAAAGAGCGGUUUGAACUUUUUCCGCCGAAACAAAUCCGACAGUAAAAAGGAGCAACCUUCAACACCAACCAAACAGCAACAACAACAACAGCAGCAGCAACCGUCACCACCCACAACAACUUCGGAAAACAACAAGCUAAACUUGCUGGUUGAGGAGAGCUUGUUGCAUCACCAUCAUCAUCAUCACCACCAUCAUCAUCUGGUGGAUGGCAGCAGCGGAACGGGUGAGAUCAUCGAGAACUCGGCCACUAUUGUGGCGAAAUAAGGAAGGGAUUUUCCUCCUUCUUCUGCUCUGUCUGCUAGUGAAAGGAUGCGACGAAAAUGUGAUAGUUUUGGAGCAGCUUAACGCACGAGAUGAUGGUUGCUUGCAUGCAUGGGAGGCUGGCGUGUGCGUGAGUGAGUGUACAUAAUGGGGCGUGUGGGGGAAGGUCUUGUUCCGGUGAAGAUGACGAUGGGUGAGUUUGAGGGGAAUGACAGAAAAAAACUUUUAGCUAGCUACAAAAAUUGCUUGGUGGACAAGUUAGUUGCAUGACCGUACACAUUGGAGUUCUUCCGGUGCAGUCGCUUUAGCGGAGGUAAUUUUUUUGAGGAAUGUUCAACUUUCAUUUGUUACUUGACCGAUCUCAAUAAUAUCCUUAGCAUGUUUGAAUUGAAAUCAUGGAAAUGAACGUUUUCAAAUGGUGAGGAUUUUUUUUUGUGAAUUAUCAUAAUGAGUAUUAACGGAUCGCUCUCUUGCAAGUUUACCAUUGUUAGGACAAUAAACUUUCAAAGCAACGAACAAAAUCUUGAACAACUAAAAUGACGUUAGUAAUGUUAUAUUUCGUGUUUUUCUUUGGCCAAGAAAAUUUAGCGAGCUCUGAUGGAUGAUUCACCAGAAUGAAUUCAGGGUUUUACAUCUUCAAGUUGC